UUUUCCCCUUAGAUCUCAUUCUGUAUCAAGAUGAAAUCCACCGCCAUGAAUAUCCUCCUUUGUCUAUUGGCUGGGUUUCCUGUUCUGAAGGCAAAGGACCCUGAAGAUAAAUACUCCCCCUUUACAUACGAUUGGCAUUCGCUCCGUGUUGGUGGUAUGGUCUUUGCAGGCAUUCUGUGUGUUCUGGGAAUUGUUAUCCUCCUGAGUGGAAAGUGCAAAUGCAAGCCCAAAAAGAAAAGCAGCACGUACAUCGUCGUGGCACCGAAACAACCCCUUGCAGGAGCCAGUGAGUGCUGAAUGGAGCCCCUUCCCAUGACUGCCACCGGCCCCGACUCUUGGUGAAAUGGCUCUCCUCCUGACCAACGAACCAUGGGCUUGUUUUGUUGCCUUUUCUUGCAUUUGUUUUGGGAAAUAAAACCUCACUGCCUUGUUAGAGUAGACCCUCUCUGAUGCACCCAAGGAAAAAAAAUGCCCCCAAUCUAUGAACGACGUUACGCUGCAAUAGAAUUGCUAGGCCACCAGAAUGAGUAGACAUCUACCUUGUGGGAAUUGAUUAACUAAACAAGGUCUGUGUUGUAUUAUGCAGAAAAUCAGAAACAAGCAACUUAUGCUGGCUUGAUCCCCUACAGGUAGUCCUUGACUUACAGCCACAACUGAUCCCGUAGCUAAGCAAGGCAGUGGUUAAGUGUGUUUUGUCCCAUUUGAUGACUUUUUUGCCACAGCUGUUAAGCAAAUCACUGCUGUUUUUAAGGGAAUUAUAUAGUCCUUAAGUGACUCUGGCUACCCCCACCAACUUUGCUUGUCGGAACCCAGCCAGGGAACUGACAAACGGUGGCUCACACGAUCCUAGGACACUGCAACCAAAUUGUGCCCAAAUUGUGAUCACAUGACCCUGGGGAUGCUGCAACGGUCGUGUGGAAACCGGUCACAAGUCACUUUUUUUCAGUGUCGUUAUAACUUCAAACGGUCACUUAACCCAAUGGUUAUAAGUCGAGGAUUACCCGUGCUUCAUUCUGUACCACUGAGAAUAUGGCUUGCUCAGUUUCUGGAUUACUCUUCUGGGCAAGCGCUGUCAAUGGUGGCUUAUUCAAUAAAUCCUAGCUAAAG